GACUCAGAAAUCUUCUUGGUUUUUGGCAACCAAAACACACCACGACGAUGACACGAUGACAACACCAUCGCUCCAACCGCGUGGUAGUACUAGUACCUGGUACCGGUACGGUAAGCUCAUCUUCAAAUCCAUAAAGAGGCACAUUCUUUGGUUAAUGAAUACGGUAGAAGAGCGCAACCAUCAUACACCAUGUACCGAUUGGCUGCAACCAACUCGCAGCGUUUGGCCCUGGCUUCUGCUAGCAGCCGCAAUAGUGUGGCUCGAAGACGCAUCCCCCAGAAGAAGCACUUUUCAGACUCCCCAAGCAAGCCCCCGACGGCUGCCGAAAUAGCUACUGAGAAAGAAGCCGCUCGUCAGCAGGUGCUCCAUGAAGCCAACGAAACCAUGAAGUCCUAUCACCAUGCUCGACUGGCGAAAUUACGAGGAGAAUUGCCAUCCAGAAACAAGACGGGUCCAUCUACGAAUUACGUGCAGAUUGGGGUUGUCGUGGCCUUUAUGGCAGCCUUUUGCGCCAGUCCUUUUCUCGGGAAGCGCAUUGCCCAGGACAAGGAGUUUCGUGAAAAAUACGUGCCCAGUUGGUACGAUUUCACCAUCAAGAAACCAACUUCGGAGCUGUCGCGAGCAGAAGUACACGAUCAGAUUCUCCAGUUGCAAAAGGAGAUCCGGGCUCGAGCUAUUGCGGGAGAUUUCAGCGACGAAAAGUUGAGCAAAAUGAGACGGUAUAUGGAAGGAUUGGAUCCCGAACAAAACAAGGAAUUCAAUCCAGACAAUGAUCAGCACGCAUGGUCCAAAUUGCAUCCCGGAUUGGAUGAUGAUGAAGACGUGGAAGACGAGUAAUAACUCAUUAUAAAAAGCCAGCUGCUGACAAUAAUGAGCAGAAUUCAUAGAGCAGCAACAAUUUCUGAACCGUUUUGUGCACUUGCUCCAUUUGAUACUUGCUUCUAGCUAGCUAGCAACUAACUAACUACCAAGCUUGUAGUUGUGGCUAUAAGACUACUCAGGAAAACUGUCUUCAGGAAAAACUGUCAGUGAUUGUUGCUGAGGUGGAAUCAGGAAACGUCUUAUUAGUAGCUGGUUGUAGGUCUGAGUGUGUUUUAAAAAGGGAGAAAUGGC